CCGGGCUCGCGGGGAUAGGGCGAAGGCGGGCCUGAGUGGAGGUCCGCGUGACUUCGAGGAUCCCGGCCCGGGUCUGGGUGACUUCAGAGGCCUCGGUGGAGAGCCUUGUGUCUUCCGGAGGCCUGUCUGGGGAGCCGAGUGGUGGUAGGAGGGCGGCGAGGCUCAGAAGGCGGCGCUGGAGGAUUGAAUGACGGCAGAGGUUCUUUGGAGACUGAAUGAUUACGAGACCUGGCUGGGAAGCUUAGUGAGAUCGGGGGCUCGGCGGGAGUCGGGUUGGGUGGAUGAGAUCCCAGCACUGUCUGUAUCCCGGCCCCAGACUGGCCUGUCCUUCCUGGGGCCUGAGCCUGAGGACCUGGAGGACUUGUACAGCCGCUACAAGAAGCUGCAGCAAGAGCUGGAGUUCCUGGAGGUGCAAGAGGAGUACAUCAAGGAUGAGCAAAAGAAUCUGAAGAAGGAAUUCCUCCACGCCCAGGAGGAGGUGAAGCGAAUCCAGAGCAUCCCCCUGGUCAUCGGGCAGUUUCUGGAAGCUGUGGAUCAGAAUACAGCCAUCGUGGGCUCCACCACAGGCUCCAACUACUACGUGCGCAUCCUGAGCACCAUCGACCGGGAGCUGCUCAAGCCCAACGCCUCAGUGGCCCUCCACAAGCACAGCAAUGCCCUGGUGGACGUGCUGCCUCCCGAGGCCGACAGCAGCAUCAUGAUGCUUACCUCAGACCAGAAGCCAGACGUGAUGUAUGCAGACAUUGGGGGCAUGGACAUCCAGAAGCAGGAAGUGCGUGAGGCUGUGGAGCUCCCGCUCACCCACUUCGAGCUCUACAAGCAGAUAGGCAUUGAUCCUCCUCGAGGUGUCCUCAUGUAUGGCCCACCCGGCUGUGGGAAGACCAUGUUGGCAAAGGCUGUGGCGCAUCACACGACAGCCGCAUUUAUCCGGGUCGUGGGCUCAGAGUUUGUACAGAAGUACCUGGGCGAGGGCCCUCGCAUGGUCCGAGAUGUGUUCCGCCUGGCCAAGGAGAACGCACCUGCCAUCAUCUUCAUAGAUGAGAUAGAUGCCAUCGCCACCAAGAGAUUCGAUGCCCAGACGGGGGCUGACAGGGAGGUGCAGCGAAUCCUGCUAGAGCUGCUGAACCAAAUGGACGGAUUUGACCAGAACGUCAAUGUCAAGGUGAUCAUGGCCACAAACAGAGCAGACACCCUGGAUCCUGCCCUGCUGCGGCCAGGACGCCUGGACCGUAAAAUUGAAUUCCCGCUCCCUGACCGCCGCCAGAAGAGAUUGAUUUUCUCCACUAUCACCAGCAAGAUGAAUCUCUCUGAGGAGGUUGACUUAGAAGACUAUGUGGCCCGGCCGGAUAAAAUUUCUGGGGCUGAUAUCAACUCCAUCUGUCAGGAGAGUGGAAUGUUGGCCGUCCGAGAGAACCGGUACAUUGUUCUGGCAAAGGACUUCGAGAAAGCAUACAAGACCGUCAUCAAGAAGGAUGAGCAGGAACAUGAGUUUUACAAGUGACCCUCCCCCCACAUUUCCCCUGCUUGCCACAGGGGUCUGGACUUCUCUCACCUCCCCAGGUACCUCGGUCCCAAAACCUGGUCCUUUUCUCUCUUCAUCCAGGAUUGGUUUAUUCAAUAAAUACACACAGUAGA